AUGCCGCCGCCGCCGGUGCAACAAGCUGAUGAUCAUGCCAUGAACAACGUCGUCGCCGACGCCAGCAUGAACUACUUCUACGGCGGUGGUGCCAUGGUGUUUGGUGGCGGUGCACCCAUGGGGGAGACGGUGGAGCAGGCAGCUCCGCCGGUGCCAGCGCCGGUGGCGGUGGCGCCGGUGUUUCUGAGGGGGCUGCGUGUGUACGGCCGUGGUGAGUGGAAGAGCAUCUCCAUGAACUUCGUCAGAAGCAAGACGCCGGUGCAGGUGUCCAGCCACGCCCAGAAGUACUUCCGCCGCGUGGAGAGCGCCGCCGCCGACAAGCAGCGCUACAGCAUCAACGACGUCGGCCUCAACGACGACACCGCCGCCAUGGACGGCACCAACAGCUACAGCAACAAUAACUUCGGUGGCUGGCAGAGUCUCAUUCAGCAGCAGUUCAUGCAGAUGCAGGCGCAGACGCAGCAGGCGUGGAAUGAUCAGCAUAUGAUGAUGGCUGCUGCUCCAAUGGAGGGAGCAACUGAUACUAACUUUGAGCCUGCAGAACAACAACAUGUUCUGAACUUCUGA